AUCAGUGUAGUAGGAUGGGUGUGCAGCAGUUUUCCUUGACACUAAGCUUCUAACAGGAUUGAAAACAUCAGUGCAUCUCUCUGUUCCUGGUUUUGGAUGCUGGACCAAGGAGACAAUAUUUGUAGAAAGAGUCCUUGAACUGGAGGUAUUACAUCAGUGUUGUAAACAUAGGAUGACACAUUACUCUGACUAAUAAAAUAAAUAAAAUAAAGUGUCUUUAUUGUUCAAAAGAUAAAAUUACAUAUCUUAUGUUACAUUUAAAUAUAACACUAAAGUAUGUCUCUAAAUAAGAUUAGGAUUACAAAAACGAAUCUAUUUGCAAAUACAUUCUGUUCCUAUUGGUAUUUUGGAUGCUGGACCAAGGAGAUUUAUUCCUUAAGUUGUAUCUUGUAAUCUUAGUCUCAGGGAAAUGAGUCCUGAGAGGGUGGUGAACUGGCACUUUAGUAAUUCACCUAUUCUAAUUAGGACCAAUGUUGUUGACUAUAGUUGGCUGUUGAUAAACAGAUAAAGCAUGUAAUAUUAGGUAGAAGUUGAAUAAAUGGUCACAUUCUCUUGACAUCCUUCUUUUUUGAGGCACCUGAUGACAUACCUUUUUCAAUUUCAAUGUUGGAAAUUGUUAGGAGCCGGUAGAACAAAAUGCUCAUUCCAAGUUUGUAAAAGGUAUCAAUCAAAGACUUUUCCCUCUCAUAGCUCCAUGGAUCUUAAGGGCUAAAUAUAUUGGUAAGGGCAUUCUCUGUUUCUUACAUGGUGAGUGUGGUGAGUGGUACCAGGUGCAUUGUCUGAUUUGUCUCAAAAUCGACUUUUGCUGUAAAAACUAACAAUUGAGCAACAGAAAGGCACGCCUGGCUCUUCAAUGGAUCUCUUUUGAUUGUAGGGUCUCUCGUUAUCAUAUCUAGCAAAGUUGUAAGUGAGGCUGGAACUAAAUUUGUCUGGCUGCCAGCUGUGAAUGUUCCAUUAAAAGAGUUUUUCACCUCCAGAAUUUCUCUUCUUGCAGUCAUUGUUGCUUUUGCUAGGCAAAAUGCAUCUGAGUGCCUGUUCUUAGCAUCAGGUAAAACACUUCCAAUUUCAUGGCUGAGAACGAUAAAAACCUCUCGUCCCUAGCUGAUCAUGUGCUGUAAGGUCUGGGAAAGGCUGAUAAUAAUAACUUUUUAAAUGAUUGAGGAUGUUGUUGAAAAAUUUUCUCUGUGUUUUGUCUUUUCUCGUUGAUGUCCUAUGUAAUUAAAUGUAAUUGAAAAAUGCUUUAUUAAUAGCAUCCAAGGUUCUACAUUGAAUUUCUUACUAACUUCUUAAUAAUAAAGGGUAAGGAAUGCUUGGUUGGCAAAUAUCCCCCUACUGCGUAGAUUUGCGGGUCGUAUGCUCAUUAAAAGCUACUUUCUAGAUUAUUAAAAUGAUAAAAAGAUUACUGUGGUUUUAGUAGUCUAGUAGUCUUAAUUAUACCAUGGCGUCUUCAUCUUUGACAUUCCACCACAGGCAUCCUAAGCAAGAGUCAUAAAAUUGUUAAAAAAAAAGGUCACGAAUGCAAUUUAAGCAUGUUUCUGACACAGAAUUUCACAUAAAUAACUAAUAGAUUAGAUUCAAGUUAAUUUUUCUUCUCUUAAACCAAUUAUACCUUUAACAUUCUACCACAGGUAUCCCAGGCAAGAGUCAUAAAAUUGUGAAGAAAGGUCACGUGAUUUCAAAUGAAGUACUAACAAAUUAGAUUCAAGUUGAUUUUUUCUCUCUGAGGGCGAUUAUACCAUUGCAUCUUCAACUUUAACAUUCCACCAAAGGCAUACCUAGAAAGAGUCAUAAUGUUUUGAAGAAAGGUCACUUGAUCGCAAGUGAAGCAUUUUUCUAACACAAAAUAUUACAUAAGUAACCGAUAGAUUAAAUUCAAGCAAAUUUUUCUUCUCUGGGACUGGUUUUAAGGAAAUUUUAUUUUCAGCCUCGUUUCCAUGUGGUCAAUUUUAAGAUAUGAGCAGAUCUCGAGUCCAAAGGUUUUAACCUAGCUUGGAUCCAUAUCACAAAUUUUGUGUUACAUGGUUAGUAGUAAUCAUGCUAAGUUUCAUGCUUUUGAAAAUCAUAAUUUAACAGUAAAUUAUUUAUAUUAAGUUAAUACUUUCUUUUUCACAGGUCAAUGAAAUUUCAUGGAAUAACACAAAUGAUUCCUUUUUUCUCACAAAUGGUCAUGGAUGUAUAAAUAUCUUGAGGUUAGAGAGAACAGCAAAUUAUCCUUUGAAACGUCAUUAUGGUGGAACCCAGUUAAUAUGGUCAACCAUGGGCCAAAAAAUUGUGGCCAUAAUAAAGAGUUGACCAUAUUAAUGAGGGUUUCUUUACAAGAAAAUGUAUGGUCAUUUUUGCCGGGCAGCCAAAAAAAUUGGCUGUAAUAACGAGGUGACUGUAUUACCGAGGUAGCCUUAAGGUGGGCUUCCACCGUCUAAGAAUUGAUGUUUAACACUGCAAAACAACAAAAAACAAAAUUUUUCCUAACUUUGUAAAAAUUUGCUUGAAUCAUAAUCAUUUUAAUUGAAAAGAAAGCUGCUAACUACUCACAUGUUACAGCAAGUAUUGUGGUUCCGCAAGUGAGAUGUCUGAUAAUGUUCAACUUGGACAAAAUUACAAUCAAUGAACAUCAAGUCUGAGAAAACCAUGAAUCCGCCACUAGAAUACAGUGUACUGUUAUUUCCUUAUAAUUACAGUUCUUAGUACUGCUUAGCAAUAUGUGGCACCCCUCAGUACUUCUAAUAAGAGUUUCUAUUAACUUAAUAUAGGUUUGUUGAAUAAACAGCAUUUCUUGUAAAGAAGGAUUUUUUACUUUGUAAUGUUAUUAUUGCUGGUUGUAGUUACCCUGAUUUAAAGCCACAACAGACUUUACAUGCUCAUCCGGCUAACUGCAUAUGUAUCAAAUUUGACCCAAAAGGCAGGUAAGCAAAUUCACAUUGACUUUAUUGCAUUAUGAAGCUGAUGAAGCCUUGUGUAUUUUAAAUUGUACUUCGUAAACACCACUGGAAAAUUUUCAUCAAUGACUUGAUCCUUUUUUUGGGAAAAGUGAAGUCUUUUUCUUGAGUAACUAUCUAUAAGUGACUAUACAAUUGCAUAUCUAAUAAAAACACAAAAUUGACAGAUGCCUCCUUCAAGAAAAGAAUCAGUUCAUUUGAUGUGCUCAAGUGUGCACUAUUAAGCCUUUUAAAAAAAACAGAAUUUACCUCAAGUAACAGAUUGAAGCACUAUUAACUCUUGUCAUUUUUAUCCCUUAUUUUAAUUUUCCAAAAAAUUCUUCAACUAUGAAUUGUAACUGUCGGCACACUCAAGAUCAGAGACCGUAUUCAGGGAUACUGUUAUUUUGUCAUAGGUUUUUCCAUUCAUGGGCCAUCAAUGGGCAAUUUAUUACUUAAAGGUGGAUUACCACCCUUGCGUAAUUUUUACGUGCAUACACAUACGUUUUCAUAUAUAAAAUAAAAUAGGGGCAAUAUAUGAAAGUUUGCAGGUAAACGUUGAAGUUGAGCAAGGCUCAAAUUGUACAUUUACACAUGACCCUUCAUAUAUUGCCUCUAUUUUCUUUGAUAUGCAUGUAAAAUUUAUUUGCAUACAUAAAUUACUUAAUUUAUCUGCAGUACAUCAUCAUCAAAUGGAUGAUGAAUAUAAUGGCCGACUUUCUCCUUCCCAAACAGUCAUCCUUGCCAAGAUCCAGGGAUAGCUACCAGGGCUAUAUUGUACAGCAAACCAAUCAAUCACUUAGUGAUUGUUUACAUCACUGGUUUGAUUGUUUUUGCUCUGUCUGCAGGUAUUUUGCUACUGGUAGUGCAGAUGCAUUAGUGAGUCUGUGGGAUCUUGAUGAGUUGGUCUGUGUUAGAACAUUUUCAAGAUUAGAGUGAGUAAAGUCCAAUACAUUGUGUUAAAAGCUGACAUACAUUCACAGGAGAGUGCCCUUUAAGGAUUAAUGACUAAAACUUUUUAUUAUCUGUCAUUACCAUCUUUCAUUGAACUUUUAUUAUCUUGGGUCACAAUGUUAAUUACUGUUUUUAAUAGAAACAGUUGAACCUCCAUUACUGAGUGGCCUCCUCCCCAUAAUGGCUUCUUCUCUACAAUGACAACAACCAGUUUAUUUGAAGCGACUGAUGAAAAAGUCAGAAAUGAUCAUGAAAUUUGAUCCAUAUGGUCCGAUGAUGAUUAAUCACGGCAAUCGUGUUUUGAUUGUGUUACAUUUAUACUGCUGCAGUAAACAUACUUGUCUAUGAUACUACUAGUGUAUGUUGCGAACCUUGUGCAUUUUGUCACGUUAACAUUUUUAUUCAAAACAUUAUUCAAGUUUUUAGUGUAGUUUAUCUCUAUAUAUUAUAUAUGACUGGACUGCCAUUAUGGAAUAUAGUAAGCAUGAAUGUAGCUUAAUUAACAUGUUGUACUCCCUAAAAAAAUUUAUCAUAUUACACCCCUAACUCUCCACAAUGGCCACUUUCUUCUGUCCCCAAGGUGUGGAGAGGGUCGCCUGUAGUUGUUAGCCCAAUAAAGAUUUAUCUCGCUUUAGUUAUUAUCUUCUUAAUGUAACUACAGGUUGUACUUUUAGUGUUACUCAUUAUCAUUCACAAACAAAUUCUCCAUACUAGAGGAAAUAUUCAAUUAUUGCAGCGUUACUGGUAGUUUGAAAAGUUCAACAAAGCUUUUGAGACCUAUCCUAUUGUUCCCUUUCUACUACACUUAAACCGCUCUACAACUGCCAGCUUGGCGGCAGAAGAAAGUGGCCAUUGUAGAGAGGUUGAAACAAGAGUGAAUGUAUGGACUGUCUGUAAAGAAAAAUGGCUGUCGUGGAAAGGUGGCCUUUGUAGAGAGGUGGCCGUUGUAGAGAGGUGACCAUUGUAGUGAAGUGGCCAUUGUAGAAAGAUGGCCAUUGUAGAGAGAUGGCCAUUGUAGAAAGGUGACCGUUGUAGAGAGGUGGCCAUUGUAGAAAGGUGGCCAUUGUAGAGAGGUGCCUGUUGUAGAGAGGUGGCCAUUGUAGAAAGGUGGCCGUUGUAGAGAGGUGACCAUUGUAGAAAGGUGGCCAUUGUAGAGAGAUGGCUGUUGUAUAGAGGUGGCCAUUGUAGAAAGGUGGCCGUUGUAGAGAGGUGGCCAUUGUAGAGAGGUGGCCAUUGUAGAGAGGUGGCCUUUGUAGAGAGGUGGCCGUUGUAGAAAGGUGACCGUUGUAGAGAGGUGGCCAUUGUAGAGAGGUGGCUGUUGUAUAGAGGUGGCCAUUGUAGAAAGGUGGCUGUUGUAGAGAGGUGGCCAUUGUAGAAAGGUGACUGUUGUAGAGAUGCGGCCAUUGUAGAAAGGUGGCUAUUGUAGAGAGGUGCCUGUUGUAGAGAGGUGACCAUUGUAGAAAGGUGGCCAUUGUAGAGAGGUGGCUAUUGUAGAAAGGUGGCCGUUGUAGAGAGGUGGCCUUUGUAGAGAGGAGGCCAUUGUAGAAAGGUGACCGUUGUAGAGAGGUGGCCAUUGUAGAGAGGUGGCAGUUGUAGAGAGGUGGCCGUUGUAGAGAGGUGGCCAUUGUAGAGAGGUGGCUGUUGUAUAAAGGUGGCCAUUGUAGAGAGGUGGCCGUUGUAGAGAGGUGGCAAUUGUAGAAAGGUGACCGUUGUAGAGAGGUGACCAUUGUAGAAAGGUGGCCAUUGUAGAGAGGUGGCUGUUGUAUAGAGGUGGCCAUUUUAGAAAGGUGGCCAUUGUAGAGAGGUGGCUGUUGUAUAGAGGUGGCCAUUGUAGAGAGGUGGCCAUUGUACAAAGGUGGCCAUUGUAGAGAGGUGGCCUUUGUAGAGAGGUGGCAGUUGUAGAAAGGUGACCGUUGUAGAGAGGUGACCAUUGUAGACAUGUGGCCGUUGUAGAGAGGUGGCCUUUGUAGAGAGGUGGUCGUUGUAGAAAGGUGACCGUUGUAGAGAGGUGGCCAUUGUAGAAAGGUGGCCGUUGUAGAGAGGUGGCCAUUGUAGAGAGGUGGUCGUUGUAGAAAGGUGACCGUUGUAGAGAGGUGGCCAUUGUAGAAAGGUGGCCGUUGUAGAGAGGUGUCCGUUGUAGAGAGGUGGUCAUUGUAGAAAGGUGGCCAUAGUAGAGAGGUGGCCAUUGUAGAAAGGUGGCCAUAGUAGAAAGGUGGCCAUAGUAGAGAGGUGGCUGUUGUAGAGAGGUGGCCAUUGUAGAGAGGUGGCCAUUGUAGAGAGGUGGCCAUUGUAGAGAGGUGGCCAUUGUAGAGAGGUGGCCAUUGUAGAAAGGUGGCCAUUGUAGAGAGGUGGCCAUUGUAGAGAGGUGGUCAUUGUAGAGAGGUGGCCAUUGUAGAGAGGUGGUCAUUGUAGAGAGGUGGCCAUUGUAGAAAGGUGGCCAUUGUAGAAAGGUGACCGUUGUAGAGAGGUGGCCAUUGUAGAAAGGUGGCCAUUGUAGAAAGGUGACCGUUGUAGAGAGGUGGCCAUUGUAGAAAGGUGGCCAUUGUAGAAAGGUGGCCAUUGUAGAGAGGUGGCCAUUGUAGAAAGGUGGCCAUUGUAGAGAGGUGGCCAUUGUAGAAAGGUGGCCAUUGUAGAGAGGUGGCCAUUGUAGAGAGGUGGUCAUUGUAGAGAGGUGGCCAUUGUAGAGAGGUGGUCAUUGUAGAGAGGUGGCCAUUGUAGAAAGGUGGUCAUUGUAGAGAGGUGGCCAUUGUAGAAAGGUGGCCAUUGUAGAGAGGUGGCCAUUGUAGAGAGGUGGCCAUUGUAGAGAGGUGGCCAUUGUAGAAAGGUGGCCAUUGUAGACAGGUGACCAUUGUAGACAUGUGGCCAUUGUAGAAAGGUGGCUAUUGUAGAGAGGUGGCCGUUGUAGAGAGGUGACUUUUAGUGGGGGUUUGACUAUGUGUAUAUGCACUAUAGUCUCUGUGUCAAAUAAUCAAUAUUGAUUUUAAAGCUGUUAUAAAUGGGUGCAAUACAAUUUUUUGGGUAUUUGACUGGCAUUUUCUAAGGAAUUAUUUUAAAACUCAGUUACUUAGCAGCUUACUCAGUGUCACAUUGUUCAUGAUCUGGCGUUUAAGGAUCAUGUUUAUAGCUUGUGCGCUUCCUUCUUCCCCGGCUAAAACUAACAACAUGCACUGCCAUCAAAUUCGUCCUUAUUUACAUGGCUAUAGAAAAGUGCCGCAUGGGACGUUCUGAGCAUAAAUACUAGAGAAUUGAGAAGAGUAGAUAAAUUUAUUAUAUUUUUAUUAUACAAAUCAGCUGUGCCCACGUUUCAGGAACACAUAAAGAUAUGUUAAAUUUGUAUGAAAUCAGAUAUUCCAUUUUUCUAAUGACAAUAUUACUUUUCUUAUACAUAAGAGAUCAGUUUAGUUCCAACGAACGUUUUCUUUUGUCUGGUUGCAGUUGGCCAGUUAGAACCUUGAGUUUCAGUCAUGAUGGCGAAAUGUUAGCAUCUGGUUCUGAGGAUCUUAUCAUUGAUAUAGUACGUACAUACUAGUAUUGUGUACUCAUUUCAGUUUUAUCUUGUUGUUUUGAUUGACUUUCGGUAAGUUGUUUGUUUGAAUCAUUUUUGAGGCAAUGGUGGAGACUGGUGAGAGAAUAUGUGAGGUACAGUGUAAUGCUCCAACAUUUACAGUAGCAUGGCAUCCUCAGAAACCCCUUUUGGCAUUCGCUUGUGAUGAUAAGGUACUCGAUACACUAGUUCAUUCAUGGUAAUUCAUGUUUAGGAAGGUUAAUCUGCAUGAGCCGUAGCUGCCCAUGUGUGGUCUCUUAAUAUUUAUCACAGUUAACAUACUUACAUCUUUGUUUACCCUGUGUUAAAGCCACUCCUUGUAUUAGGCUAUCGUACAAAUAUUAUCAUACUUAAUUUUGUGUUUGACAUUACCUUUUUAUUGAGUCAUUGGUAGCUCUAUUUUAUACGUUUCAUACAGUAAAAACCCGCACCACGUACAGUCUGUAUAAUAAUAAAAACUACUCUCCAGUCUGCUAAAUAACUAUAUGUAUUUAAGCCUGGUGCCAAAAAUGAGGCGUUCUUACGUUGUAGAUGUCUGUGAAGUAAAUUUACCUGUAUAAAUUAAGUCAUAAAUUAUCACCUCAUGUUUUGAAUCCUCGUUUGGUGGUUGCUUGUAGCAAAUAAUAAUAAUAAUAAUAAUUUAUUAUUUAUAAGGCGCAAAAUAGCAUAUAUGAUCUAAUGCGCUCCAGUUAGCAUGGUUAUUAUCAUCCAGGUUGAUAAGCUGUUGCCAUGUUGUACGGCAGUUUUUUACUUCAGGAGUAUUUGUUUUUAACCUGAUAUGAGGCCCAACGUUAGCAGCUUAUUUUGAUGUAGGUUGGGAGAGAAGUUAUGAUAUUUUCUCGUCUAUGCGGCCACUCACUUGACUGUUAAUCUUUGUUUUUUGUCGUUUUCUUCUUUCAGGAUAAGCACGAUCGAGAUGCUGGUACUGUUCGUCUGUUUGGAUUACCAGCUAACUCUUCUUAACCGUUCCUGGUGCUGUAUAUUGUAUAAAGUGUGCAUGAAAAGGGCUCCUCUAAUUGCUUGUUU